UUAGCGAACAGAAGCAAACGAAAAUACUCUCCUGCUAAAAUGAUCUCCUUCAAAGAAGAAAACAAUUUUGUGGACAGCUCUUCAGUCAGCAAUUUUGAGAUGUAUCCCUGUGCCGAUCUAAACUGGGAGUCAGCUCCCUUGGCUCCAUCAAAGUCUUUGGAAAAGUCUAAGAGAUCGCGAACGGCCUUUACUAGCCAUCAGUUGAUCGAACUCGAGAGGGAGUUCCAUCUCAACAAGUAUUUGGCCCGCACCCGUCGAAUUGAGAUUGCCCAGCGUUUGGGUUUGACCGAGAGACAAGUUAAGAUCUGGUUCCAGAAUAGACGCAUGAAGCUGAAGAAGUCGGCCAGUAAGCAGGCGAUCCAGGGAGUGGCUAACUCAGUGACUAACUCGAGUGCCUCUCAAUCGAGCGAGGACACCUUGGAGGACAACCUGAUCGUGGAGCGCCUCCUGCAGUAUGUAAAUACGAAUGUGGAGAUGUCUGCUCCCCCUUCGCAGGAUGCUUUGUCAGUUCUGGACCAGGGCCAAAUCACACCUCCCUACCAGGACUACGACUACCUUCAAGAGUUCUGUCCUUCACCUAUGGAUCUGCCUCAAGUGCCAUUCAACGAAUUCGAUCCCAAUUGGGCGAGUCAUUGGCUGGGUCUUGAGACCUCCUUCGUUCCUACGCCAAGUGUCACAGAGCCUCAGUUGGCUCCUUACUGCCAAGAACAGCCCAUGAUUCAGAAUAUUUGCUGGGACUCGAAUAGUUCGGCAUCUGGUUCCAUUUCAUCCGAUGAAUAUUUGGAUGUGGAUUAUGAUUUUAUACAAAACCUAUUAGAUUUUUAAGUUUUGAUCUGAAGAAAAUUUACCAAAACUGUAGAUAUGCCAAAAAUAAUUGUAUUGUAAGUUUUAAGUUUUAUAGUUUUUAAAAAGUAUAAAUGG